AUGAAGAGGCUCUCAUCAACUUGGCUGGGCCUUGCUCUGCUCCUGAGUGCUCUCACACAAGCUUCCAGAGACCCCGGUCAGGCUCUGCUGACGCUUCCAGUCAAUCUUCCAGGCUAUCUGGACAGGUGCAAUGACAGCAACGCUAUUUCCUACCUGAUAUCUAAAACAACACAACGCGACUCAAUAUACUCUGAGGCAGUUCAGCUCCUCGAAUCCAUUACUAUAUCGUCUUCAUGCACUCGUAUCGCAGCAACGAGGCUUGUGACCUCAUGUCAGUCUUUUGGAGGCACAGCAAAUGGGAAUGAUGAGCCUCAAGAGACCCUGGAUCGCAUUCGGUCUGUCUACGCUGCCCGCCUCGCGAUUUGUGAACUCGAAGGUACAGGUGCCUCUGUUCCCGCGCCUUGCCUCCCAGUGACACUUUCACCUCCAGAAUCGAAGAUUCGAUUCGGGUUCAUGCAAUCAUCGAGUGUUCCUGACACCGGUACAAAUCUAGUGCCCAAGGAGCUCCUUGAGCAGUGUCUCAAGGCAUUAGAAUCACGGCCCCAAUGGUGGACCUCCUACAGCAACAGUAGGCAGAAUGCAAUGGUCAUCUGUCAAGCUUCGCGGAUCGAGGCUGAGAAAGAGGAGCUGCUGGAUCUUCAUCGUUCUAUACUGAGAAGUAGCAUCAAGCUGGAUGAAGGAAUUCACCAGGCUUUGCACAAUGCCGCAACAGAAGCCUCAAAACAUGAUGCCUUUCUACAGGCUGUCCAAUUGCUACAAAAAAAGCUUUUAACAGAUAUGGAGGCCAGUCAAUCUUUUUUCCAGCAAACACUUGGAGGCUUCCUUCGUGAGAUUGAACUUGGAAUUGAAAGAGUCGCUGCUGUUGUUGCUUCGGCCCUAGGUUAUGUGCAGGCAGAGACGGUGGUGCUCGAAGAGAACAUUCAAAAUGCCUCCAGUGAGGUCGACAAGCUCCAACAGACGCUGCAACUUGCGCACCAAGAUGCCCUAUCCAGGAGCGAGCUGGCUCUCCGCACACAUGAAAACAACAUUCAUGCUUAUCAAGAACUCGCUUCGUUACUACAACUAUCACUUGAGUCGCUGGUUGAGACAGAUAUAGCAGGACUCUCCCAGAGUAUAGGCAGAUUCGAUGCUUCCUUGGAAUGGCUCACAAGCCGACUUCUUCUGAUCCUCGAGCAAGAGAACCAGAUAGCCGAACGACUGCGAACUUUAGAAACGACCAUGGAACAAUCGCAAGCGAAAGCCAAUGAGCUGCAAAAUGCGCAGAUUAUGCAGGUCCAAGCGCUCGCAGCUCAAUCGCAGAUUCAAAAGGAAAUGCAACACAACUCGCAAGUCUCCCAAGCUUUGCUGGACCAGGCCACCACGGCUGCUUUCAAUCUACACGCCCUCAUCGACGAAGCCGCCACUAAAUAUAAGCGCAUCCCGGAUUUGCAGUUCGGCGGUCUCUCUACCUGGACCCUCGCCGGUGCUCUUCUCAUCCUUAUUGGAGCCCACAAUAUGAAAGCUGCCGUUAGUCUCUUUUUCCUGGUAUUCGGUGAGCACCCUCUUUAA